UCCGGUCUGGAGGUUUCGGUGGUUGCAAAGCAGAAGUCACUCGAAAAGGAUUAGCUAGCCUACUAGCAGACGAAAGCUCUUUAGAUGUUGGAAUUUGUGCCAAAUGAGCUACUUUGAGCAGCGCUGACACAUUGAGUGAGUAAAAAAUCUGAAACCCCGCUGUUGCUAUGGCAAUUCUAUUUGCUGUGGUGGCUCGUGGAACCACCAUCCUGGCAAAGCAUGCAUGGUGUGGUGGCAACUUCCUGGAGGUGACGGAACAGAUUUUAGCCAAAAUCCCAUCAGAAAAUAACAAAUUGACCUACAGCCAUGGAAGCUAUCUCUUUCAUUACAUCUGCCAUGAUAGAAUCAUAUACUUGUGUAUAACUGAUGAUGACUUUGAGAGAUCUCGUGCAUUCAGCUUCCUCAGUGAAGUCAAGAAGCGCUUUCAAACAACUUAUGGGUCACGAGCCCAAACGGCCUUGCCUUAUGCCAUGAACAGUGAGUUCUCCUCAACACUGGCAGCUCAGAUGAAACACCACUCAGACCCACGGGGGUCGGAUCGUGUCACUGAGACACAGAUGCAAGUGGAUGACCUGAAAGGCAUUAUGGUGCGCAACAUAGACUUAGUUGCUCAGAGAGGAGAGAAGCUGGAGUUACUGAUUGACAAGACAGAAAAUCUCGUUGAUUCUUCAGUUACAUUUAAGACCACAAGUCGCAACCUGGCACGAGCCAUGUGCAUGAAAAACCUCAAGCUGACUUUCCUCAUUGCACUUGUGUGCUUGGUCGUCCUUUACAUUAUUGUCUCUGCUGCUUGUGGGGGCCUCAGCUGGCCCUCUUGUGUCAAAUAAUGAGUGGGGAUAAAAAAGAAGAAAUGAAGGAUUAAAAGAAGAGGGGGAGAAGCGCAUGUAUAAAUCUGCCUGCCAAUGGAUCCAAAAGGAAACACAAUUUGUCUUCUUUUUCUUCUCCAGCUUGUACAUCCCCAGAAGACACAUGCUGCUCCUCUUCCUGCCUUCUUCCUUGCCCCUCUUUGAUAGUGUGCACAUUGACUUACCCUCUGGAAAGGGAGCCCCACCUAAUACCCAUUCUUAAGGACAGCAGCCUUGUGGCCUAAAAACAGACAUGGAAGAAUAAUCUUGUCUUAUACUAGUCCGGUACAUUCAUCCUGUCUCAUGCACUCAGUGGCCUAAUGUAUCAGUUUGUGAUACUGUUCUGCAUCUGUCUGUGUAAUUGAUUUGUCAAGAAUGACACCUGAAAUUUACUGCAAAAAAACAAAUAUUGUUUUGUUAUUGUCAUGCUUUUUCAGUUAACUAAUUGAACCUGGAGUUUAGGUAGCAUUGAAAGUAUGUUGCUGAUCCAUUAAAAUUGAAUAAACAAUACAGGUUAUGUUUCUGCUAAACACACUGAUUUUUGGCUGAUACAAUAUCCAGUAUCUGGUGUUGAUGUCUUUUGAAUGAGGUCUGAUUUGCUUUAUAUUUUAUCACCAAGCACAGAGGUAUACUCAAAAAUAGAUAUUGUAAGAUACCAGAUAUGAUCAUAAAAAUUGUAGGUCUGAUUGAUAUAACUGAUUCAAAACAUAUAAUGGUUCUUUUAAAAUGAUACUUGUUUAUUAGAAAUGGGCUAUCUCCUAGUUGGUCACUUUUGAAGAGGUAUUCUUCCACCAUUUAACUCUUCUGGGAUGUUGAGUGUUCCCAUAUGUUCGUUCUGUUAACACAAUGCACUUUUUACACUGUACAUAUAUUUGCUUCCUUGCAUCAUAUGACUUAAAAUCAUGUAAUUAUUUAGCCUAAUUGUUGUACAUUAAAUUUUGAAAUAAAAACUUAUGGCAACGUA